AUCAACCUUAAGAUCUUGGCUAAUGAAAUCAACACAGCUCUGCUAGAACCUCAAGCUUCGUUUGACCCACUUUUAGAUAAUAUCGAAACUGUGAGCACUGAGGGUUUUAAAACUCCCAUUAUUUCACUGGAAGCUACCUUCAAAUGCCUUAGUACGGUCAGCUCCUCCAAAGCUGGGGCCCAGAUAAUAUCCCAAACUGGGUCUUGCGUGACUUCGCUCCUGAGCUCGCUCAACCUCUUCGUUGUAUCAUCAAUUCCUCGAUUAGUCAAGGGACUUUACCGGACAUUUGGAAAUGUGCAAACAUCACCCCUCUUCCCAAAACAAAGAUAG